UAGGAUAAUGGCAUACCAAUAACACACAACAAACAAGCCCUAGGAGGCAAGGUCAAACCAUCUAACCUCAACCACCAACUCCAAUACUAAAUUCAAUUCUUGUUCAUAAUUUCACAUGGUUGAUCUUUUAAUCCCGUUGACUAUGCAAAUAAUAAGAAACAAAAACAAAAUACCUCUUCUCUUUUUAUUCCUAAAACACAAAAUCAACCAUCAACAGCAGCCAUGUUCAUCAGAUCUCAAUUCCACUUUCUCCUCACUCUCCUCUCUCUAUUUCCUUCAUCAUCUCUCUCCACCUGCAACCAUCUUGAUCAAAAAGGUCUCUUAUCAUUAUCAACCCAUCUCUCAUCCCCACAUUCAAAUCCCUUAAACUGGUCAUCUUCAACAGAUUGCUGUAAUUGGGAAGGAAUCACUUGUAAUUCCGGCCCCCGCCGUCGAGUCACCGGAAUAAACCUACCUUCUAGAGGCCUCAAAGGUCACCUCACCUCCCUUAAUUUCUCUUCUUCACUCACUCAUCUCAUCACCUUCAAUUUAACCUUCAAUCUUCUCUCCGGACAGUUCCCUUCUUCACCAUUUCCUCCCUCAAUCAAAACCCUCGAUUUAUCAAGCAACAACUUUUCCGGCACCAUCAAAUCAUCCUUCUUUCAUAACACGUUUAACAAAGGUGAGUUCUUUAGCAUUGCUAAUAACAGCUUCUCCGGUUCGUUUCCCUUCUCUUCUGUUUGUGUUAGGUUCUUAGAUAUCUCAAAUAAUCACUUUAAUGGCGAGAUUUCGAAUAAUUCUUUCACGGGUUGUCUCAAGAUUGAAGUUUUUCGAGCGGGUUUUAAUUCUUUUUCGGGACUAUUCCCUAACUCUGUUUAUAACCUUAGAAACCUCUCUGUUCUUGAACUUUAUGAAAAUCAGUUCACCGGAAAUCUCUCCGACAAAAUUGGAAACCUUGAAAAGCUUGAGAAGCUGAUCAUUUUCAGCAACAAUCUAACCGGCUUAUUACCUCCUUCUCUAAUGAAUUGCGUUAAUCUCGUCGAGAUUAAUUUACGUAACAAUAAACUCGAAGGAGAUAUCUCAAGUUUGAAUUUCUCCAAACUAAAAAAACUCCGACUGCUAGACUUGGACGCCAACGAAUUCACCGGAAUGUUCCCCGAAAGUCUUCAAUUGUGCGAAUCAUUAGUCGCGAUUCGUCUCCCACAGAAUCACAUCAAUGGAGAGAUCUCAUCCGGCAUGGUAAAGCUUCAAUCUUUGGCACAUUUAUCGGUUUCGAUCAAUAACCUCACGAAUUUAAACCUCGCGAUUACUACUCUAAUGGGCUGCAAGAAUUUGAGUGUUGUCAUCCUCUCCUUAAAUUUCUUCGACGAAGAAAUGCCCGACGGUGAGGAAUUCAUGAAUCUCGAUGGAUUCGAGAAUCUUCAACUUCUUAGUAUUGGAAGUUGCGGGCUCAAAGGGAAGAUACCCGGUUGGUUGAUGAACAUGAAGAAGCUUAAAGUACUUGAUCUUUCGUAUAAUCGGUUAACGGGUCCCAUCCCUUUAUGGUUAGGAAGUAUGCCUCGUCUUUCCCACGUUGUUUUCACAGGAAAUCUCCUUUCCGGUGAGAUUCCGAUGGAGAUCACAAGAAUCCCAAGCUUAAUUUCGCAACAAUCCGAUGUGUUAACAUCGGAUUUGGCUAACCUUGAUUUACCCGUUUUUACGGGUCCAAACUAUCUACAAUACAAUCGGUUGUUCAAUCUCCGACCGGCGAUCUUCUUAAACGACAACAACCUUAGCGGUCGAAUACCUGUUGGGAUAGGACAAUUGCGGCUUCUUCACAUCUUAAACCUUAGCCAAAACAAACUAUUGGGGACAAUACCGGACGAGCUUUCGAACAUUAAGAGCCUCGAAAGUCUAGAUCUUUCUAGAAACCGUUUGUCGGGUGAGAUCCCAAUGUCGCUUGGGAGCUUGUAUUUUUUGUCGUCAUUUAGCGUUGCGUAUAAUCUUCUACGUGGAAGAAUUCCGACAAUGACUCAAUUUCAAACGUUUCCUGUUUCGUCGUUUGAAGGAAAUCCCGGGCUUUGUGGAACUCCUCUAACAAAUGAGUGUCUUAUUCAAAAUAGGAACAAUGUCGAAGAAUCUGAAGAAGCCGAUAGCCUCGUUGGCGAUGAUUUUUAUGUUAGUAUGGGAAUUGGAUAUUUUACGGGUUUGUUGAUUGUAUGUGCAACUUUGGUGUUUCAUACAACUUGGAGGCGAGCAUAUUUUCGGUUUCUAAUCAAUUUGUUCAAGAAGUUUUUCAAUAAAUAUUUAUAAUUCCUAGAUUGGUAAUGUUUGUGGCUUAUAGUUACUACAGU